UAAGUGACUAGCUUGCGGCGACGAUGGACGCGCCGGCCAUGGUCAUGAACAGGCACGUUCCCGAGGACGUCGGCCUCCGCAACGUCGCGGCGGCGGAGGAGGAGGGGGGACAGGGGCAGAUGCGCCGGGGAGAGGAGAAGCAGCACAAGCCGGUGCUCAAGAAGGUGAAGGAGAAGGUCAAGAAGAUCAAGAACACCAUCGCCGGCGGCCACGGCGGGAACAACGGCGGUGGGGAGCAGGGCGACGAGCGCUCUGGAGGAGGAAGCAGCAGCAGCGAGGAGGGCGAGGACGAUGUGGCGGCGCAGAGGAUGGGUGCGGUGGAACAGGGCGGGUACCAGGAGGACGUCGAGGACAAGCCCGUCGCCAUGGAGUCGGACCCCGAGGUCCAUGGCGCGCCGAUGUACGAUUCGGCGAGGAUCCCGGCGGUGCAGGAGGUGGAAGGCGACGACGCGCCGAGGGUGCGGCUAGGCGACCUCGGCGGCCCCGUCGUCGAGGACCCGGCGGCGCCACACUCCACGACGCGGGCGCCGCGGGAAGGGGAGGACAUCGGCACGACGCCCGUCGUGCGCGCCUUCGAGUCGAUGAGCAUCUCCGACGACCACCCGAAGCACGUCGGCGCCGGGAAGCCAGACGAUGACGUGGCGAAGGAGCCAAUGCCGGUGUCGGACGUCACCGCCGGCGGUGAGGAGUGGAAGGACGCGAACGCGACACCGACCGACGGCGGUCACGGCGCCGCUGCUCCCGGCGCGACGCCCACCGACGGAGCCGCGUCCGGCGCGACCUACACCGACAAGAUCAAGUCGGCGGCGGCGGGCACCACGGAGUACGGCAAGAAGCUGGCCACCACGGUGUACGAGAAGGUCGCCGGCGUCGGCACGGUCGUGGUCGGCAAGGUGCAGCAGGUGACGCAGUCUGCCGGCAGCCCACGGUCCCAGGCCACCGCACAGGACUCCACCACCACCGCCGCCGCCGGCGGCGAGCCGGCGAGCGGGCAGCCGCAGCAGGACAAGGGCGUAACGGUCACCGGCUACAUCGCCGACAAGCUCCGUCCGGGCGACGAGGACCGCGAGCUCAGCCAGGCGAUCUCCGGCGCGGUGCAGCGGCGCAAGGACGACGUCGGGAGCGCGGUGCCGGCGCCGAGCACCGCGAUGGCCAAGGCCCGGGAGGCCCCCGCCCAGGUGCUCACCAAGGCGCGCGAGACCGUCACCUCGCUCACCGGCGGGAGCCGCGUCUCCGAUUCAGCUCAGCCCACCACAGAUGCGAGCGUGACGGAUGGCGCGCGGGUGGAGGGGCCGGUGGUGCGCGGGGAAGAGAUCGGAGACCCGCAGCCCAAGCCGAACGUAAGCAUGACGUGAACGCGAGGCCCAAGCCGGCUGCACGAAAUGGAUCAUCCUUUUUGUGUUUAUGUAUGUAAUGCGUGAUUAAUGUUGCCUGUGUCGUGUGCUUGGAAUAAACCCGUGUAUACGGUUUUGUUGUGUUGAUGUGCAGUUUUUUUUUGUUUGGUGUCUCAUGUGUAUCUGUGAAUCUAAAGCACUCCAUUUUUAUUUUGAAAAUGACGAAGUUCAGACGAUGGGUGUAAUGAUUUGUUGUACGCACUGUUGUUUGUUUGUAUCAUUGUAUGAGGAGCUCAUUCCACAAGUGUUAUAUGAAACGGAUCACAAGU